AUGAGCUUUCCUGGUGCUGCGCCUCCUCCCUCUGGCGUUGAGCCGAAUAUGGAGAAUCCGGCUGAUGUUCUCUGGACAAUUAAUUAUCUCACCCAAGUUCUUACCCUUGUUUUCACAACGGGAUUUGUUGCAACGCGUUUUUAUGCAAAGUAUAAAGUUAUAGGGGGAGGCAUGUCACGAGAGGAUGUUGCCACGUAUGUUUCUUUUAUCUUGAUGGUUGGGUACUGUGUCACUGCUCUUAUAGGAGGACAAUAUGGCAUGGGUCACAACCAGUGGGAAGUCAGUCCAAAAGAUCUAACCUCUUUCUUGAAGUGCGGAUAUGCAGCUACAAUCUUCUACGCCCCAAUGGCUUUGGGCGUCAAGCUCUCCCUCCUAUUCAUAACCAUCCGCGUCUUCGGUACUGUUCACAGAAAGACCACAAUCGGAAUCUACAUCUUUAUCGCCAUGCUAGUCGCAUACUAUGUGUCCGGCUUUUUCAUCAAGAUAUUUAUCUGCAGGCCCAUCAGCUCAUACUGGAUGGGAGACAUGGAGAAAUGUCUUGACCAGAACGCCAUCAUUACCGCUGAUGCUAUCAUCAGUGUCGUAAGCGAUCUGGCAAUUCUGUUCCUACCUACGCCGCUCACCUGGUCAUUGCAGCUUUCCAUGAGGAAGAGACUGCGUGUCAUUGGUAUUCUCUGUGCGGGAGGUGUUGCUACAGGCUUUAGUAUAUAUCGGUUGGCAAUGAUUCUCAAUGCUCGAGACUCUACUAAUCAGACUCUUGUUUUUACCAAAGUCAUUCUCUCCGGUAACGCAGAAGCUGGCAUCGGUCUGAUAUGCGCUUGCCUCCCCUCAAUAAGCGCACUUCUUGUUCGACGCAACGGUUACGCUUCUCACGGAUAUCAGAGUUCUGGACCGGCUGAUAUCAGCAGACACGGCGAGAUUAUGAUGACGCGGUCAUAUCAGGUUGAAACGAGCAAGAAGGUGCAACAGGAUCCGUUCCACCUUGGAAAUGACGAAGCUGGGUUAAUUGCAAGCAUACAAGCAAAUUCUAAGAGCAACUGUUCAAGCCGGGCCAGGACUCCAGAAUCAGCAUGA